CUUCGGGUCGCGGCAUCGACUUCGAUGUUGCCACGCAUUACGAAACCAUCUGCGACGAUAAUAUGUGGGUUCUAGACACCGAAGGCGAUGCCUUCAAAGGCAAGCGAUUAUGGCUCCGGCCUGGGAAGCGGUUCCUCAUCGGUAGAACACAAUCAGAAGAUGGUCAAUUUCUUGUAGUUGACAAGACUAUAUCGCGGAAACAUUUGGUAGUUGAGGUGGACGAAGUUCCGCCUGCAGAUUGCGCAAAUCCGAAGUUACGAUCAAAGAUAACACUCACGGAUCUGAAGACGAAGAUAGGCACAUUAGUGAAUGGUGAGCAAAUUCGUGGCAGGGAAUAUGUGCUUGACCAGCCAGAGAAUAUUGUCACUAUCGGAAAAUACCCCUAUCACUUCCGUUUCAACUGGGUACCUGUUACACUCUCCUACACCUUAACGGCCAAAGAGUUGAAAGCAAACCCAUGGACUGCGCUCUACGAACGACUCGGACCUCUCGAUAUCAAAGUUCUGCAAGACUUCCAAGCCGGUGUCACUACGCAUGUUGUUGCGAAGAAGCGCAAUACCUCGAAGGGACUACAGGCGUUGAUCGGCGGAAAACAUAUCGUGCACAAUGAUUCGUUUGUCCAAGCUCUUGUAGCCGCUGCAACGCCUGGGGCAAGCGGGGCUGCUCCUCUGGAAGAAGAUUUCGAGGCCAACUUUCCUGAUCCUCUCGACUAUCUCCCUCCCAAAGGCGAAGAACCAACUCAGCGGGAGCUGAGCGCUUAUGCUCCCGAUCCAGCCAGACAAGACAUGUUUGAGGGGUACACAUUUGUCUUCUACGAGAGACGUCAACAUGACAAUCUCUUCAAGCCCAUCUCAGAAGGCGGAGGUAAAGUAUCUUUGAUGGAAGUCAAGCCUGAAAGUACAACAGUCGAAGAUUUUGUCAGACAUGUUAAAGGUUUGGCUGGUGAGAAGGGUUUAGGAGAAUUUCAAGAUGGCACUGAGGGAAAGGGUGUGAUUGUGGUAAGAUUCAACCCGGUCAAAGGAGAAGGCACAGAGUGGUUUGCAGAAUUUGGCCGAAAUGUUGCCCUUCAUUUGGAUCACCGUCUCAUCGAGCAGAAUGAGUUCUUAGAUGCCAUAUUAGGUAAUGAUGCCAGCGUACUCAGAAAACCUCUUGAGGUAGAGAUGUCUGGUGUUGUAGCUCCUCCUCCAACAGAUGUUACCAAUGUCAGCUUCCAAGCUCCUCCUAGCUCUGCUCAAAUGCAGAAUGCUACUCAACUCAGUUCUAUGGCGCCUCCAUCACCACCACGAAGAGGCAGAUCUCGUCGGACGGUCAAGAAAAACUUUGGGUUCGAUGAUGAUGACUUCUCUGGCCCGAUAGCAAGUUCGAUACCCGAACCGCAGCCGGAAUCUAUGCCAGUGGAUUCAUCUGCAGCGGUGGAGUCGCAACCACACUCACAAGGCCUCUUCGUAACCCAAGAUCCUAAUAUGGAAAUCGACAGAGAAGAGUCUCCACCUAGAAGUCCCGGCAAGCGAAAGCGAGAUCCGUCUCCUAUUUUCGAAGAUUCAGAAGAGGAAAAUCUGUUAGAUCAGCUUGCUCCUGCGGCAGCAGCUUUCAAGAAGCAAAAGCUUGCACGAGGAGAAUCAAUCGCCAGGCCUGCACCAGUAAUCCCGAAGCCGGAACCACGCAAACCUCCCGCUCCCACAAAAGUCAAACAAGAAAUCAACGUCGUUGAGAUUGCUCGGCAAAAGCAAGAGGAAGCCAGAGCUCUGGCAGUAGCCGAGCGCGAAUCACUCAUGGAACAACUAGAAGGCAUGGACGUCGAUCAAAUGCGCAACCUAGCAAUCAUCGAAGAAGUGCCCGUCGUCAGAAAACCACCACCAAUCCGCACCUCUCGUGCAGACGAGAGUGAUCGCUGGGACGACAAAUGGAAUGGCCGGAAAGACUUCAAACGCUUCAGACGUAGAGGUGCAACUGGCAAUAGGAAAAACGAACGAGUCAUAGUCCCCCUGGAAGAAGCUAAGAAUAAAGACUUCGGUAUCGGUGAUGAUUAUUGGGGUGGUGAGAUUGAUAGCCAGAAGAAAAAGAAGAAGGGGAAAGAAACCCAAAGUCAAAAUGAGAGUGGUGGUAGUGCACCGAAGAGUCGAGCAGCUAAUCGAGCAAGACAGAUCCUUGCUUCGGAAGCUGAAGAGGAGUUCGGUUCUCCUGAACCAGAACCUGAACCGGCGAACAUCGCUUCGUCGUCAGAUGUCGAGAUUGUUCCUCCGCCAAAAUCGAAGGCUAAAGCUGCUGCUACUACUACUACUAGGGGAUCACGCUCCCAGAAAUCGGUCACGAGUCAGGAGUCGACGACUCAGAGCAGGGGCAAGAGAGCUGCUGAAUCGUCGGCGUCGAGUAGUAAACAGCCGCCCGCGAAGAAACAGAAACAGUUGUCUUUGAUGAAGGGGAGGCAGCAGAGCGAGGACGAGGAUGAGGAUAGUGAUGAUGAUUUGAAGUUUAAGUUUAGGCGGAAGAAAUGAGCGGGAGUCACGUUGGGUGUAUUUGGGAGUUUUCGGGAUAUGGUUGUAUAGCUUUGCUGGGCAUAAAAGUAUACUGACUUGAGUUGGCAUAUCCGUCUGUCUUGUGAGUGGGAGUGAGUGGAUGGGGUAUCAUGUCUGUCUAUUGUCUACCUC